AUCUGACGACUAACAACUAUUUGCGCAAUAUGAAUUGCUUUAUGCUGCUUUUGGCGGCCCUGAUAACAUUGGUCAGUCUAGCACCGCAAAUUGAAGGUGCAAAGAUCUUGGCUACAUUUGCAUUUCCGGGUCGCUCUCAGUAUAUAUUUGCCGAAUCGUACUUGAAGGAACUGGCAGCGCGUGGCCACGAGGUCACUGUGAUCAACACCUUCGACAACAAGCCAGUGCCAAAUAUGAGAUUUCUAACAGCACCCAAAAUACACGAACACUACCAAGAAAUGAUGCAGCUAAUGAUGCUUGAGACAUCGUUUAUCCAAAAGCAUAAGAACUUCAGUUGGCUGCUUGAAGUCAUCUGCGAGUGCUUGUUCGAGAGCGAGGCCGUGCAACAGCUGAUGAGAUCUGGCGAAACAUUCGAUUUGGUCAUUGCCGAAGUGCUGCACACGGAAUCUUUGUUUGGCUUUGCUCAGCACUUCAAUGCAACGCUCAUGGGUUUCUCUACCUAUGGUAACGAUUUUUAUAUAGACGAACUGAUGGGCAACAUUUCACCAAUGGCCUACAAUCCGCUUAUCAGCUCACCCCGGUCAAACCCCAUGAACUUCGUCGAGCGUCUGGAGAAUAAUUGGGAGGUUUGGGUGGAGCAAUUGGUGCACGUGUUCUUUCAUUAUCCCAAGAUGGAGAAACAGUACGUUAAGUAUUUUCCUCAGGCAACGAAAACUCUGCCUGAGGUCGUGGACAGCUUUACUUUAAUGUUGCUGGGCCAACAUUUCACGCUGAGCUACCCUAGGCCCUACAUGCCCAACAUGAUUGAAGUGGGUGGACUCCACAUUUCGCACAAGCCGAAAGCAUUGCCCGAAGACAUUAAGCAGUUUAUUGAAACUUCCACCGAUGGCGUCAUAUACUUUUCACUGGGUUCGAAUGUAAGGAGCAAAGACUUGCCUGUGGCAACGCGGAAUACGCUGCUCAAAGUAUUUGGUAACCUCAAGCAACGUGUGCUCUGGAAGUUCGAGGACGAUCAGCUGCCAGGCAAGCCGGACAAUGUGUUUAUCAGCAAAUGGUUUCCCCAACCUGACAUUCUGGCCCACCCGAAAGUAACACUAUUCAUCACACACGGCGGCUUGCUGAGCACUAUGGAGAGCAUCUACUUCGGAAAGCCUGUACUGGGAUUGCCCGUCUUCUACGAUCAGUUCAUGAAUGUAAAGCGUGCUGCUAGCAUGGGCUUUGGCCUGGGCUUAGAUCUGAUGAAUCUGCAGCAGACAGAGCUAGAGCACACGAUAAAAACACUUUUAAGUUCGCCAAGCUAUGCAAAGGCUGCUGCACUGCUCUCUGAACGCUAUCUCGAUCAGCCAGAGUCGGCUAUGGACCGCGCCAUUUGGUGGACUGAGUACUUGACUCGGCACAAGGACCUCUCUCACCUGCGUGCCCUCUCGCGGGACAUGAGCUUCAUACAGCUUCACAGCUUGGACACCAUGGCGGUUCUUCUAGGCUUGCCUCUAAUUGUGUUGUAUGUGCUGUUUAAGCUGACCCGUCGGCUACUGCGCCUGAUCUCUGGUAAUAAGCGAAAGCAUGUCGAUAAACAGAAAAGACAUUAAGAGCUCUGAUAUAUAUUGAUAAAAGAUAAGUUUCUUACAAGUUACACUUUUCUACUGUGUGGCUAGGCUAUUGUAUUGUUGAAAGAAUAACUUUACGUAUAUUGUAAUUAAUUAAUAUACACAUGGCUUAAUU